AUGGCCAUUCAGAGGCCAGGCCUCAAGUCGUCGUUCAGCCGCCUAAUCGACCGUCACGACCUCGUACCCGCCCUCACUUCCAUAGCUGCUCCCCCUACGCCUCGUUUCCCGCCACUGGAGCGCAACUAUCCCUCCGAGAAGCAUUUCUGGAGCACCAUCACGCGCGCGGGCCCCAUGUGCGGGAACAAAAAUGGUCUCUUCUCGUUGAAAUCCUUCCCCAUUCACUCCAUCUCCGUCCUCGCCGUCUUUCCCAUCACCGAGAAAGAUCGUGACCCUCUCAACGACUUCUUCCUGUCGGCGACGUUUCCCGCUUUGACAACACUCCACAAUACCCCCGCUCUCACGACGAUAUCGCUCAACGCACACUGGCAAGUGCCGCGUCCAGCGGUCUUUGCGCGUCUGAAGCACGUCUCGCUCACCGACGAGCUGGAAAUUUUACCGACGCCGUUAGGGCUCCUCCGCGCCGCCCCGCUGCUCGGCGGGUUCCGCCUUGGCUGCGGAUACUACAAGGAUUCGACCUAG